AUGUUGUCACGGAUCAUCAAGGUGGCACGGUUCAUGGUGGUGCACAAGGCGCUGCGACUGGACGCCAAUGCAUCCGACAUGCUGGCCAGGAACCAAGCAAGCCAGAUGGUGGGAGAGUGGGCCGUGGUGAACGCCAUGAAGGAGGCGGAUUACACGUUCACAGGCAAUCAGAAUGAAGGACAUUCCACAAACAGAAUGUCCCAUCAAGGCCGGUUCAUCAUCACACAUCAGCAGCGAGGGCAGAGGGCAUUGAUGGAUGAGGAGGUUUUAGUGGAAGAGGCGCAGAGGUGGAAGGAUCAGUGUGUGAUAUGUGCAAAUGGCAAGCGGGAGUUUGACCAUGAGCUGUACCAGUGUCCCCACGAGGAGAGCCAGGAGGCAAAGAGAUGGAUGAUGACAGUGCGGAGCAAGAUCAAAUACACACAGUAUUCCGGGUGCUUCCGAUGCGGGAUGCCGCAGUCCAUAUGCAACAGCUGGAAGACACAGAGGCAGUGUCCGUACAGGGGAUUUUUGAUCCCGACAGUGGCAAUGAUGAUGUAUGGGUGUCAUGCAGGGCAGAUGAAGCAGGCGUGGAGACAGCGGCUGAGAGAGUUCAAUGUGGAUGCAGAUGAUCAGGAGGCGGUGAUUGAAUUUUUGGGACAGAAGGUUGAGGGGCAGGGCAUGGAGCACAACCGGCUGGUGGAGAUGGUUUGUUGGCUGCGAGGGAUAUAUCAGGAGGCAGAGAGGGGGAAGAUCGAGUUAGAGGGUACAGAGGUCAAGUGA